GUGUUCUUCCUAUUCCUUCACAUCGCAUUGUUCUCAGUAUCGCUUGAUGCAACGUCUUAUAUCUACUUAUCAGAGAUAUUUCCUACACCAGUACGUGCCCGUGGGGUCGGAAUCUUGAUGACUAGUAUUUUAAUGUCUACAAUCGUUUUUCUGCAGGUUGCCCCUAUCGCCUUUGCUCAGACAGGUUGGAAGUAUUAUCUUUUGUUUGUGUGUAUAACGACAAUAAUGAUGGUAACUAUAUGGUUAUAUUUUCCAGAGGUAAAAGAUACUCCUUCCUAUCGGUAG